AAUAACAUAACCUACAAAAUAAUACAAACAAAGUUUACAAAAAUAAAUUAUCAAUGAAAACAAUCAACCAAACAACCGUAUCACCUUAUCUAAUAAACAACAAAGUUAAGUGACUAAAUCGUAACUGAAUUCUAAAGAAAUCAAAAUGACUGGUUCCGAAUUUUUCAGCUCUUUUUGCGUCUUGUUGAUCUUAACAUUUCUGAUUCGCAUGAUUUACUUGAUAAUAGUGAUUAUUACUGGGAAUUGUACACUGAUUAGAAGCAAACCUAUACGAACGGUUUUUUGUAUCGGCUCCGGCGGUCACACAACGGAACUAUUGCGGUUUGUGAAGAACAUUAACAUGAAGAAAUAUCAGCCGCGAAUGUACAUAUUAGCUGAUAAUGAUGCAAGCAGCGAGGUCAAGAUUCGUGAAACUGAGAUAGACAAUAACUACUAUCUUGCCAGAAUACCUAGAAGUCGCAACGUGAAGCAGUCAUAUUUAUCUUCAGUGGUUAGUACCUUGUAUGCCACUUUGUAUACAUUCCCAGUUAUUUACAAAUUAAAACCAGACAUUAUAUUUUGUAAUGGUCCAGGUACUUGUAUUCCAGUCUGUGUUGUAGCAUUUUUAUUACGAUGUCUGUUUUUGCUAGAUUGUCGUAUUGUUUUUAUAGAGAGCAUAUGCAGGGUUCAUACCCUGUCACUGACUGGGAAGAUCCUUCAGUUUUUUGCUGAUAUCAUGAUUGUUCAAUGGCCUAACAUGACUGAAACUUGUUUUAGAGCCAAAUAUUUUGGUAGACUGACAUGAUAUGUUGGUAAAGCUGUUAUCUAUUGCAAUAAACAUUACUUUACCUGUA